AACAUUUCCCUCAUUUUGCAUAAGGUGAAGGGUAAUUCCGUAUCAACAUGUGCUAAAUUCAGUGUCCAGAUCAUACUACCCACAGCGGAUACAGUUCAUCUUAGCGGAAUCUCCCCAUGGCAGCGCCUUUCUUUCCCCCCAAUCGCUCUAAACCGAGAAAUUCAGUACUAUAAAAUCCCCUUCAAUAAAACCCAAAUCAAACCAUCAAACCAAACCCAGAUCAAAUCUCUCUCUCUCUCUCUCUCCAUUAAACUCAGCAGCGAGUUCUUCAAUCCCAUCCCCUCAAACCCAAUAAAAAUUCUCUACCACAAUCAAGAAAUGAAAGCCUCAAUCAAGUUUCGCGAAGACCAAAAACCACUGGUCCGAGCCAAGAUCCCUCUCAACAUAGCAAACCUCCCGUUCCAAUCCUCCAUCAUCGCCGGUGACUCGAAAGAGCUCUCCCUGAACCUCUCCACGUUCUUCUCCUCAGGCCCGUCUCUCAAACUCGCUUACAAGCCCAACGACUCGCUCAACCCCUUCACCCUCGUGUUCCGAACCGGAAUCAGCCACUACGGUUCCCCUGUCAACAGCCCCAUGAGCAUGAGCGCCGAAUUCAACCUGAUAGGAACUCAAAACCCUAGGUUCUUCAUCCACUUUAAGCCCAAGUUGGGCGAUUUCUCUUUCAAGAAGUCUCAGUCUUCGGACUUUGUUAUUAAGGGUGUGACGCCCAAGUCGAAGUUGAACGGGGGUAAGUUGGACGACGACGUUCUGGUUGAAACGGCGGAGAAGGGGCUGUUUUACGGGAAGAGGAUUGGGGUUUUGCCGGAAUCCGGGGCAGCCGGUGGGGUGUUGAGUGGGGCGGCCGGUGGGGUGUUGAGUGGGGCGGAGGCAAUUGCGAGGACGGUUUUGCCGGUUAUGAAUAGGGCGGUGGUGAAUUUCCGGUGGGGGGUAAGGUUUCCGAAGGGGGAAAUGGCGGCGGCGGCGGCGGGGGGUGGGAUUUCGGUUCGGGAGUUGCCGGUUCUCGUGAUGAGCAAGAUCGGGAUUGAACACGUGGCGAAUAAUGGUGCAAAGGAAUCUGAUAAGGUUAUUUCGGGCUUAAAUUUUCAGGGGAGUGGUGGCGUUGGGGAGACCUAUUUGCUAGUUAAGCGUCAGUUGGAGCUAAUACAAGUUGAGAAUGAAAUGCUAAAAAAAGCUAUGGAUGAUCUGAAAUCAGAGUUUGCUGCGGGUAAAUGGACUGUACCAGCAGGUGGUUGUGGCAGCAGCGCUGACUUGGGCAAGUACAGGGAAGGGGACAGAGGAGCAAAGCCUUCUGGUGGGAGAGUUGAUCGGUGGAACAGCGGUGGUGAUAAGAGAUCAUCGGAAUACAGCGGCAAAGCAAGUGAGGCCGAUGUUAAUGUGGAGCUGAAGAAGGCGGUCAAAGAUGCUACCAGUGCCUGAAUAUGACAUCAUUGCCGGAGAAUCAAUUCUCUUGUUCAUUACGGUGCCGGAAUUCAACGACAUCCCCAGGGAUGCUAUUUUCUUGUCCAAUAUAGUGCUGGAGUUUGACGACCAUGCCGGAGAUGGAAUUCUCUUGUUCAAUAGCAAUAUUGGUUUGUGGGUUUUUAGGUCUAAUGCCUCAGUUUUGUUCUGGGUUCUGGUUAAGUUUAUUAUGUAGAAAAUGUGGUCUUGUGAAAUUUACAGGAGUAAUGUAUAUAGGCAAAGUUUGGGAUAUGGGGAUGUUUUUGCUAUUUGAACUUUGGUUAUUUACAGGAGCUCAAUUACUUGUUCU